CCUCCUUUUCAUCAUACUCUUCAUUGUACAUUUGGCAUCAGCGUCCAGCAUUCUAAAUAUGAAUGGCCAUUAGCGGUUGGUAAUAUAGCAUCGAUAUCUCCAAAACCACCACCGCCUUGAUCCUGAAACUUGUCUGACAACCAUCCAAUCCGACAAUGAUUUGGUUCACCACCGUCAUCCUCCUCCUCGUUGCUCUCUUGGCUAACGACGUCGACGCCGCUAAGCGAUACGGCAAAAAGAAGACCAAACCCUGGGACGAUCCCGACAGAGAUAACGAGAAUGAUCUCUUGGUCACGAAGAAAGCUUUCUUUGAAAUGGAGAUAGACGAUGAACCAGCUGGUCGUAUCGUUAUAGCUCUCUUCGGUGAUACAUGUCCAGUAACUGUUCAAAAUUUUGCUGCUAUUGUCAGAGGAAAUUGGAGACAAGAUAAACGGUUGAGUUAUAACAACACACAAGUUCAUCGUAUCGUACAUGAUUUCGUCAUCCAGAUGGGUGAUGUAACAGAAGGAGAUGGAACUGGAGGUAAGAGCAUUUAUGGGAAUUUCUUCGCUGAUGAGAAUUUCUACUUACGUCACUGGGGUCCCGGAUGGGUUGCCAUGGCAAACUCUGGUCCUGAUACCAACAAUUCUCAAUUCUUCAUCUUAUUAACCAGAGCUAGAUGGUUGGAUGGUAAACACGUGGUCUUCGGCAAGGUUAUUGAGGGAAUGGACAUUGUUGAUAGAAUGGCUGAAGUGGAGACAGAUGAUCAUGGUUUCCCUCUUGAACCAAUUCGAAUCGUGGAUUGUGGAAUCAUUCCUGUACCGACCCCAUACCUUAUACCAAGCCCAGACGCUGAGGGCGCCCAACAAAAGGAUAAAAAGAAGAAAUAGUUCAUGAAUAGAAUAGUAGACCAA